AUGCUGUACGACCUCAGUAUCCCCUGGUCCCCCUCGACCACGACCCGAGACCUCGAAAACACCAUCACGUUCAGCGCAGCCCUCGGCUACAACGUCAUUGCCCUGAAUCACAUAAUAGAUGGGCCGCUGCCGUCAACCAUCACCAACCCGCUGCCGAAGCUCGACGCCGGCGCCUCCUCCACAUCAUCUUCCUCCUCCUCCUCCUCCUCCGCGAGGGCGCCGCACCCAGCAAACCCAACAACCCCACGCCGCCCAACCAUCCUCCACCGCGCAACCCUCGUCUACUCCGACCCUGCCCAGAACCACCGCAUGCCCAGCCUCGCAGCCGCCUACGACCUCCUCGCCGUCCGCCCCACCAACGAGCGCGCCUUCACCUCCGCCUGCCUAGCCCUCGCCGACCCGGCCCUCAUCUCCCUCGACCUGACGGCGCGCUUCGACUUUCACUUCCGCCCGAAGCCCUGCAUGGCCGCCGUCGCGCGCGGCCUGCGCUUCGAGAUCUGCUACGCCCACGCCCUGCGCGCCGGCGGCGGGCCCGAAGCCGCUCGCAAGCGAGCACCAAUUUGGCAAAUUUUAAACCCCCGGGCGGGGAACGUACAAGCUUCGCGGAUCAAUUACCAACAAAACGCUAUGAAUAUGAUGGGGAAGGGGUGUGUAUUCAAGCAGUAA